AUGGAAGAGAUCCAUAUUAGAGGGCUGCUAGAAACCGAGAAAGCUCGUGAUAAAGGAAAGAGCAGCACAGGAAAAAUCGGAGCACCACUGUUGAGAGCUACGGUCGCUCUAAAGACGGUUAAGAAUAGAGAGGAAGAAGAAGAGCAAAGCAAAAGAGAAGGAGAGAAAGCGAACGCCAGGUCGUGGAAAGCGAAGAGGAAGGAGCGAGGCGAAGCUCGCAAUUGUCGUUUCCACAGUGAUUUAUACCUAUACGGUAUACCUCGAGAGUGCUCGAGAGCUCGACCAGGACAGGACUACCGCAGGAGUAUCCGGGAAUAUCUCAGAGGCAGUAAGACGUAUAAGCAGUAAGCAAAUUGGCUAAUCACU